AUGAACCUAGAUAUUCUUAAAGAACGCAUUAGUAUUAACUAUGUAAUUAAGAUAGCUCACGUCAAGCUGCACGACUUUAAGGGCAAGGCCUCUAUCUAUCUAAUAAUAGAGAAGUACUACGUAUCCGCUGACGAAGACGGCGAUGAAGAUGAGCCUAACAUUAACGAGCUAGACGCUGAGCAAGACGACGCAGAGCCCCGCAACACUAAGAAUAAGAGUAAGGCUAAGCUAAAGUAUAAAUUUAGUAAAGCUAAGCCCUCUAAGUUCCGCAACAACCUUACGCAUGCAAUAACUGCCUACUUCGUACCUACGCAGGUUGAGGGCUUAAUUACGGCUAGAGAGAUUAAGUUGAUAGACAUGAACAUCGCACCCCUUAUCAUGACUACUAAGGAACGCGAAGAAUAUGCCGAAGACUUGCCGUUUAUCAGCCCUACUAAUAAGUUAUUAGAAUUUAAGAACGACAUAAAGGAGCCUAAAACUCCUACACUACUAAAUGGUGGUCGCCCCUAUUCUAAGUCUCUCCUAACCUACCGUGACAACACUACGCGGGAGCUCGAUAAGAACGCAAUUACUGCUAACCUCCGCGAGACCGCCGACGAGCACGUCGCGCUGUUGAGACUACAGCUUAGAGCAAACAUGCGCCCUAUAGGUGAUCAGAUUAUGGCCCAACUAUACCACUUCCUGUCCAAGCGUCCACACUGCCGCGACGAGAACGGCCACCUACGCGCCGACAAGGUCCAGCUAUUCCUCGAAUAG